AUGAAGCCUAAGCCUCGUGGCUUAAAACGCCUCAAUAAUGAUGGGCAAAGCCCAUCCAAAACAAAAAAUAAAGUGCUUGUACUCAAUAUACAAGAUGCCAGUGAAAUAAAUCAGGAAAAUGUAGAAAAUAUAGUGGGAAAAGACACAUUAAACAGUGAAACGGACACAAAAAAUAGUGAAGUGAACAUAUUAAAUAGUGAAAAAGACACAACAAAUAGUGAACUGAACACAAAAAAGUGUGAAACGAAAAUUAACGACAGUGAAAAAGACACAAAUAAUAAAGGUACAGUAAACAUUAAACUAAAUCAAGUGAAUGUUGAAAACAAUAAUACAACAACGACAACCGAAAUGAUCGUUGAUGACAACACAACCAAAAAUAUGGAUUUAAGCUCAAUGUUCGUCAAGCCAUCGACCUCAAGGGGAACCGGCAAGCCCACACCAAAACCCCCAACAAUACCGCUAAAAAACCGAUUUGCGCCUUUAGAAAACGAUGAAAAUGAAGAAGACGACGACAAUGACUCAAUUGAACUGGGUCAAAACAAACCAAAAAAGCCACCACCACUUGUUAUACACGCCAAAACUACCGACCACAAAACAUACGUAAAAUCACUCGAAAACGAAAUAAACAAAGGAUUCCACAUCAAAUACACCGCAAACAACACAAACUUGUACAUUUAUGAUCAUGAAGAAUACAAAAAGUACAAAGAAAUUCUAAAUGAAGGCAAAGUGGAAUACCACACAUACACCCCAAAAGCGGACAGAAAACACGCCUUUAUCUUAAGAGGGCUAGACAACAGCACUGACACCGAAGAAAUCAUCGAAGAUCUAGAAGAAAAAUAUAAAUUAAACGUCGAAAAGCGUACCACAACGGGCAAAAAGAGGGGGCGACCUGGUCGCUCACCUGCAACCAGCAAAGUACUGAAGGUCCAAUUGGAGGACCAAAAUAACACACCACAACAACAACAAAAUCCUGAAAAGGAAAAUGAAGCUAUCGACACAUGCGAGGACACAACAAAAACAAUGAGUGACCGUGACAGUGCAGUUGCCGGACCAAGUAACAUUAAUAGUGAAGUGAUAAUUAAAACCAACUUCACUAAAGACAUAGUGCAGGUGCCAACAAAAAAUAGAUUUGCCCCUCUGGACAAAAAUCCAAGCGGUAACAACGACGACAACCAAACCAAUUCCACGGAAUGCCCUGUUUAUAAAGCAAAAAUGGAGCAAAUCGAACGCAGAAAGCAAGAAAAAAUUGUCAAUCACAAUAAAUACCAGCCAAGAUACUUCGCAGCACCACUGCCGAAAUCAAAUCCCUGGAGCAUAGAUAGUCCCUUCAGGAAAAAUAACAUCACACAACAGACUACACAAAAUACAACAGCCCCCCAAGGCUACGCUCAUGGUACAACAGAAAACAACAUUGCAAGCACACAACACCAAACAAAUGUGUUAAACCUGAUGGACGGAGACGGUAGCCUCCCUGGUGGGAGUGCUUCCACAUCGCCAGACUGGCAAGUCGUUGAAAAACGCAACAAAAACACAUCUAAAAACAACAGUGAACCAAGAAUACGUACAAAUUCGAACGCAAGUUCAGGGUCAAAAAGACCACGUCCUUCAACACCUGAAGAACUAACACUACAUAACAAAUUCGCGGCUUUACUAUCCGACGAUGAUGACAUUAAUGAUGGCCUUCCAAAAUUACCGCAAGGUAAGGUUGGCCAUCCAGUAAUUAAUAAUCAAACACCAAACAACGCAACACCAUCAGCAUCUAAAACAAAUCCAGAAAAAAAGGAGAAAAAGGCUCCAAAACCUCCACCAAUAAUUUUACACAGAACGGUUCCUAAACCAAAAAAAUUCGCCGAGCUUAUUAAACAAUUUUGCCCAAACGGCUUCCACCUCAAGAACGUCGGUACAACAACACAAAUCCACACAUAUUCUAACGAUGAUUUUUUAAACAUCAAAAAUCAGUUGAUAAACGAAAAAUUACCGUUUCACACUUAUACAAUGAAGAGUGAUAAACCAUUUUCUUGCGUAUUACAUGGUUUAUAUAACGCAUCAAUCGAAGAAAUCCAAGAGGAGCUCGAGGACCUAAACGUUCCAACCACUAAUGUGUUCAAGAUGAACAUAAAAAAUCAAAACAAGCAUCUAUACAAAGUGGAUUUUCCAUCUACAACAUCAUUCCAACAAAUACGUCGUAUCAGCACGUUACUAUCAACUAAAAUUUAUUGGGCAAAAUAUCAAAGAGGAAGCGGCCCAACUCAAUGUUUUCAUUGCCAGGCAUUCGGACACAGUGCCUCAAAUUGUUUUCUCAAACCAAAAUGUGUCAAAUGUUUAGGUGAACACGAAACAAAGGAUUGCACAAAAGAUACCCAAACAACACCUAAAUGUAUAAAUUGUCAGGGUGAUCAUCCGGCCAAUUUUAAAAAAUGUCCUACAUACGUAGGUUACUUGAAAAAAUUAGAAGAACGUCGCUUAAAAAAUUCACAAAGAUUUAUACCUGCUCCAGCACCCAAAUUCAACGUGUGGGCUCAACGUACUGCCCAAAGAGAGGAAAUGCAAAACCAUCAAACAACUUCAAAUAUUGGAAUUAACCCACAGCAACCAACAUUAAAUUCAAACAGUGCUCACAGUGACUUUACAACUCUAAUGAGUGAACUUAAUAUUUUAAAUAGUGUAUGUGACAUAAAACAACUAAUUAUUCAAGUGCGUGAAUUAACAUCAAUCAUGCGUGCUAAUACAGACCCUAUGGCUAGAAUUCAAGCCCUAGCUAGUUUCGCUGCCAACCUAAAAUGA